UUGUCAUUGUUGUUGAUCAUCUUCAUCAAUGAUCAUUUGAUUCGAUUCAUCUAUCCAUUCCAUUAUUAUUUGUCAAAGUGAAAGUGUAACUCAUACACAUCACAUCAUCAUAAUAAGAAAUCUAUAUCUAUGAUAAAAAGUUUUUUUUUGCUGAUAAAAUGCAUAUUAUCAUCAAACGAAUAUUCUUCGUUUUGUUCAUCACUAUCUGUACCAUCAUAACAACGGGAUGGACAAAAUUAUAUCCGAUUGAAUUUCGUCUUCCAUUAUUGGGUUUUCAACCAUCACCCGGAACACCGUGGCCAAAACCACGUUCAAUCAAUACAACCGAAAGAGUUUUUUCAAUCGAUCCAAAUCGUUUAUCAUUCACAACGAAUUUAAAUACAGAAAAUUGUUCAGUACUAGCCGAUGCUUUGGAACGUUAUAAAAAAAUUAUAUUAAUCGAUCCACGUUAUCAGCCUGAACCACAUCAUUCUGUAAUUGAAAAUGUUCAUGUUUUUAUUUCGGACAAUAAUCCGGAUUGUUCAUAUCCAUCUGCAAAUAGUUCAGAAGAAUAUUCAAUUUGGCUUCCACAUCCAGAACGUGUAGAUCAAGCGGCCAUUUCAGCCAAUUCUGUUUGGGGUGCUUUACGAGCAUUAGAAACAUUAACACAGAUAAUCUACACUAAUGAUGAUCAACAAUUGUUGGUAAAUGAAACACAAAUUCAUGAUUUUCCUCGUUACAAUUAUCGUGGUAUACUUCUGGAUUCGGCUCGACAUUUUCUACCGAAAAAAGUGAUUCUAGCCAAUCUAGAUGCUAUGGCUAUGAAUAAAUUCAACGUAUUCCAUUGGCAUAUAGUAGAUGAUCAAAGUUUUCCAUUUCAAUCGAAAAAAUAUCCAAACAUCAGUGAACAAGGUGCCUAUUCAAAACGUCAUGUUUAUUCUGCCGAUGAUAUUCAUGAGGUUAUUGAAUAUGCUCGUAUGCGUGGUAUUCGUGUGAUACCGGAAUUGGAUACACCGGGCCAUACACAUGCAAUGGCAAGAGCAUUUCCUGAUCUAUUAACACCAUGUUAUGGUGAUAAUGUUCAUCCACAUGUACCACGAUAUCCAUUCUUUUCCGAAUCUGAAGUUUUAAAUCCAAUGUUGAAUUUUACAUUUAAAUUUAUGCAUGAUAUGUUUGAAGAAUUUCGCCAAACAUUUAAAGAUGAAUAUAUUCAUCUUGGUAUGGAUGAAGUUAGCUAUGAUUGUUGGCGUUCGAAUCCAGAAAUUAUUCGUUUCAUGCGUUCAAAUGGAAUGACCGAUUUUCAUCAUUUGGAACAAUUUUAUAUUGAACGUACAUUACGUAGUGUACGUGAUGUUGGUUACAAAUAUCUAAUGUAUCAGGAUCCAGUUGAUAAUGGUGUCAAUUUGUCUGAUGAUUCAGUCGUUAUUGUUUGGAAAGAUAAAUAUUUGGAUUCAUCAAUGGAUUUCUGGCAAAAUUAUAUUCGUAAUGUGGCUAAACGUGGUUAUAAAAUGAUUCUAUCUGCAUGUUGGUAUCUAAAUUAUAUAUCAUAUCCAUAUCCAGGUAAUGAUUGGGAAAAAUAUUAUAUGUGUGAUCCAAGAAAUUUCAGUGGUUCAGAUGAAGAACGUGAUCUUGUUAUUGGCGGUGAAGCCUGUAUGUGGGGUGAAUUUGUUGAUGGUACAAAUCUAUUAUCACGUUUAUGGCCACGUGCAUCAGCUGUUGCUGAACGUCUUUGGAGUGAUCCAGAACAAACACAAGAUAUCGAUACGGCCAGAUUGCGAUUAGAUCAACAUCGUUGUCGUAUGUUACGGCGUGGUAUACCGGCAUCACCAAUAUUAAAUGGUUAUUGUGGUGAUUAUGAAUGGGAAAUGGAUCCAAUCAUUGCACCAAAUAAUGGCCAAAAUGGUUUGAAUGGAAUCAUACCAUCUUUGAUGCGAUUAUUUAGUUAAUUCAUUGAAAUUACGGUGAAAACAACAAAAUCAAAGAAAGAAAAACCUCAAAACAAACAAACAAACAAGUUCC